CGACAUCCUUGCAACCCAUCCCUGACCUGCCGACUAUAAGUUAAGAAGGUUAAGAAUUCGUGUUCAAGUUUUUUAUAUUAUAUUAUUAAUUAAUUUCUAAAUUAUGUCAAAUAGACUAUUUUAUAGUUUGUAUAGUUAUUCAAUUAAAAAUCAACAAAUUCGACAUGGAUCUCGCAUUAGUGGAAAAUCACCAAUUCUUGCUAAAACUUUGGCCGAACGGUUGAGAGAUAUGAACUAUCGUGAUCCAGAUAUACACUGUAAAGUUGAUAUUGGUUUACCACUUCCUAAAGUUUCAAAUAAAGAAAUGAGAGGAGAAUCGCUAAAAGAAAAAAAGGAAAAAAAUUCUUCGAAACGCAAUCAGAAAUCUUCAAUUGAUUUAAAAUUAGUCAAAAACGAUUGGUUAAAAACAUCAGCGCCUUUAGAAAUUCGUAAAAUUGCCGAGCACUAUGGAAUUUUCAAUGAUCUUUAUGGUGAUGCAUAUUUUCAUCCUUUAAUUCAUCUCAGUGUUGAUUAUAAUUUUGAUGAUAUAAUUGCAAAAGUAUCACGUGGUAAUUUUAUAACUGCAAAAGAAAGUUUAAAUGAACCAACAGUAAAAUAUACUGCUGAUGCCAAUACUUUAUGGUCUCUUCUUCUUACUACUCCGGAUGGGAAUUUAUCUAAACCAGAUCUUGAAAUUUGCCAUUGGUUUGUAGGAAAUAUUCCGGGAAAUUCAAUUGAAAAAGGAGAUUUAUUAGUAAAUUAUCUUAGACCUAUUCCACCACGUGGUAUUGGUUAUUGUCGUUAUAUUUUCGUAUUGUAUAAACAGGAUAAAAAAAUUGAUUUUUCAGAAUAUAAAAAAGAACAACCGUGUUUACAGUUAGUUGAUCGUAAUUGGAAUACAUUGGAAUUUUAUCGUAAAUAUCAAGAUUAUUUAACACCCGCUGGUCUUUCUUUUUUUCAAUCUGAAUGGGAUUCAAGUUUAACAGAUUUUUAUCACAAUGUUUUAAAAAUGAGAUCACCUUCUUUCGAGUAUGACUUUCCGGAACCAUACAUUAAACCACAAAAAUGGUUUCCACUUAGACAGCCGUUUAAUAUUUAUAUGGAUAAAUAUAGAGAUACAAAAGAUAUUAAUAAACAAUAUUUUAUGAAGAAAUUAACAAAAAUUCAUCCAUUUAAAGAAGAUAAACCACGUCCAAAAUAUCCAAAUGCAAUUCCAUAUAAAGAAGAUGAGUACAUUCCAACGUGGUUAAAACUCGAAAUUAAAAAAGAACGUUUGGGACAAGGACGUUAUAGAGAGGUACAGUAAAUUAUUUUUUUUUUUUUAGAUUCUUUUAUAUUCUAAGAGAGAGAGAGGGAGAGAGUAAAUUCAUUCUAAACGUGUUUCAACAAUUUGUUUACUUUGUUUUUUAAUAUCUUUUCGAGUUAAAACAUUCGAGUCAAUAAUUUCGUAUUCAUCUACAAGAAUAUCUGCAAAAAACAAAAGGAUAACAUAUUGUUUUAAAUUGUAAAAAAUAAAUAAAGAAAUUUUACCAGA